AUGGGUAGGGACACUAUUGCCAAUAUAAUAACUUGUAUAAGAAAUGCCGACAUGGAUAAAAAAAGAAUGGUUCGAAUAGCAUCUACCAAUAUAACCGAAAACAUUGUUAAAAUAAUUCUACAAGAAGGUUUUAUUGAAAACGUUAGGAAACAUCGGGAAAACAACAAAAAUUUCCUGGUUUUAACCUUGCGACAUAAAAGGAAUAGGAAAGGGACAUAUAGAAAGACUUUAAAACGUAUAAGCAGAUCCGGUCUACGAAUCUAUUCCAACUAUCAACGAAUUCCUAGGAUUUCAGGUGGAAUGGGGGUUGUAAUUCUUUCUACUUCUCGAGGUAUAAUGACAGAUCGAGAGGCUCGACGAGAAGGAAUUGGAGGAGAGAUUUUAUGUUAUAUAUGGUGA